AUGAAUGCUGGCACGGGCAGGGCGGGCGUCAUAAGCGCUCCAGAUGAUGCUGCUCCGAUGGAUAAGUUGGCACAUGCUGUACUAGACGAUGUGCUUUACAACGUUCUGAGCGAUCUAUUGAUGAAGACGCACCGCGAAGAGAAGACUGCGAGAGCUACCACCGCUGCCAUUCGCAUCGAGAAGCUGGCAUCCGACGCGUCCGACAGCUCAACGCCAGACUCAAAACCGGACGUACGGAUUGAGACCGACGCCGCUAUAUACGAGGAUGGAAAAGUAUUGCUGAAGGGCAAUCCUCUCAAGACGACCGCUGAGAUUCUGUGCCCCCGAUGCCAUCUGCCCCGACUCCUAUACCCGACGGACGGAAAAGGCGCUCAAAAACCAGAUCCCGGUGUCAUCUACUGCAAGAAACAUCCUUAUAUUGAUAAGCCUGGGUGCGACAUCUAUGGUCAGAGCUGGGUUCCUCAAGGUCCCGGUCGAGGCAAGAAGAAGAAGGACAUGGAAAAGAAUAAUACCGAUUCUCCCAAUACCGAACAGCGACCGCCCAAUGUUCUUUCUUUCCCCUCCGCUACUUGCAGCAAAUGCAAGCGUUGCAUUCUCGUCACUCGACUGAAUAACCAUAUGGGCUCGUGCAUCGGGAACAGUGGUCGCAAUGCCAGUCGAGCUGCAGCGCAGAAGUUGAGUAAUGGCGGAUCUCAGAAUGACACAACGCCACCUUCAUCACAAAAGGCGACUCCUGCGCCAGGCUCCCGCGCCGCCAGCCCGAAGAAGCGCGAUGCCAGCGAUGAAGAGGAAGAUUCUGAGAACAGUCACAAGAAAAAGAAGCUCAAGCCUACUUCCUCGGUCACCAAGAAGGUGAUUCUCAAGACGAAGCCGAGCCUCAAAAAGGACAAACCCAAGGGCCUGUCGUCCUUAAGCCAGGAGCAAAAGGCCGACUACAGCAACAGUGAAUCCGUUGAGGUGGCACCCAAGAAGGUUGUGUCUAAGGGUAUCAGUCCUGUUAAGAAGCUUAAGAUGAACAAACCUCCGCUGGGGUCACCCAAGCCCAAGUCUAGCCUCAUCCGCGAGGCAACUGGAGAAUCAGAAUCUUCAGACACUCUCUCAUCCCCUCCCCAGUAG